AUGUCCAUGGACAUCUCCCAUAGCGGGUCCCAUGGGAAAUGUCGAGGUCUACAUAUCAUCGGUAUUAAGAACGAACUUUUAGCGGUAUGGCUAGAUAUUAUUAGAGAAGGAGAGGACUGGACCUUUGUUGAUACGGACCGGCUAGGAGAGCUUGUGAAGGGGAUGCCGUUUCCUGAACGCUAA